GUAGGGGUAGGCGGUGCUAGUAUGAGCGCUUCAUGGUACCCGUUACACCGGGCUUCUUUCUACUCAUCUCCCCCGCCGGUUACACUCCCCUAUCUGCCCCAUAUACAGCAUUACCGGCAGUAACUUCCGGGUCGCACAGCUGUCAACCUGCGCUCCCAGCAGCCCCUUCGCCGACUUCCUGUUCCGCCUCCGCUACAGCGCCGCCCCUCCUCACAGACAGUCCAGCGGCGGCUUCCGAACCUGGCGUCUCCUCAAUGCUCUCCUCCGUAUCCCUGGCACAGGGCAGCAGCUUGGGAACAAGUCACUGUGACACUGCUUCUUGUGGCCCCGAGAUGUCCAGCCAUUUACAAUGAAUAGCAAGGAGUGUGCUGAGGUCUCAGAGAACAGCCACCAUAUUAAAGUCUUUCUGCCCAAGAAACUCCUCGAGUGUCUGCCCAAGUGCACUCUCCUGCCCAAAGAGAGGCUGCGCUGGAACACCAAUGAGGAAAUCGCAUCGUAUCUCAUCACAUUUGAGAGACAUGAGGAGUGGUUGUCGUGUGCCCCAAAGACAAGACCUCAGAACGGCUCCAUCAUUCUCUAUAAUCGUAAGAAGGUGAAAUACCGCAAGGAUGGAUAUUGCUGGAAAAAAAGGAAAGAUGGGAAAACCACACGGGAAGAUCACAUGAAACUCAAAGUGCAAGGAAUGGAGUGUCUGUACGGCUGUUACGUUCAUUCAUCUAUAGUCCCAACAUUUCACCGGCGGUGCUACUGGCUACUACAGAACCCAGACAUAGUCCUGGUUCAUUAUCUGAACGUUCCGGCCAUUGAGGAUUGUGGGAAGAUCUGUGGCCCUAUCCUUUGUUCCACCAACAGUGAUCGCAAGGAGUGGAUGAAAUGGAGCAAAGAGGAGCUGAUCAGCCAACUGAAGCCCAUGUUUCACGGCAUUAAGUGGUCCUGCAGCAAUGGGAACGGAACGAGCGAGUUCUCCAUAGAACAACUGGUCCAACAGAUCCUGGACACGCACCAGGCCAAGCCCCCCCCUCGCACCCAUACCUGUAUGUGCAACACCAGCCUGGGCUCAACAGGAGGCGCCCCCCACAAAUGCACCAGUACCAAGCACCGCAUCAUUUCCCCAAAGGUGGAGCCGCGCAUUUGCCCGCUGCCGGCUCUCACCGAGGUCCAGAACAUUUCCUCCUCUUCGGCCGAGCCGGACCCGGGUAAGGAGCGGAGGGUCACGCCCAAGGGUGGCAGGACCCCUUCAGGUGGCGACCCAAGCUCCUCCCAUUCAUUCUCUGAACUCCCCGAUUCCACACAGCCGUCCCCACCUCUGGCCCUUACCAAUGGCUUCUAUGCAGACAGGGAACUGACCGGCGUCACCAUUACAGCUGCCCCCGGUGUGCCCGGCAUUAGUGCGGUUUUGGUGAUGACCGGGAUAACGGACAAGCCGUUGGCGUUAACGCCCAGUCAGCAGCUUGUGCCGUCGGAGGCCGGAAGCCACGCUAAUUCCGUACCAGUUGGGGUGUCCCUAGUGCCUUCUCCCGUUGAGGGCCUCCUACUGUCAUCUUCACAGAGUCUGGAGACAGCAAUGGAGGCCGCCCCAGGGGGCGCUAGUGGCCCAGUGACAUUUGACCCCGACUCCUUUCUCAACAGCCCCAAAGAGGGGCAGACCUACGGUGGGGCGUCGGGGACAGCUGCAGAGUUUAAGACAGAAACCUCAGAAGGAGCCGAAGCAGAAGGAGAAGACCACGAGGAAGGUUGCAUGGAGUCGGUGGAGCUGUCCCAGACUGAGCAGAAGGCUUCGGUUAAAGAGGAGAACACCAUGAAGGAGGUGGUGGGAGACGGUAGGGAUGAGGAGGAAGAGGAGGAUAGCAGCAGUGGGUUGGAGGUGGAGAUGGACACCAGGGAGGAGCAGGCUGAAUGCAGGAGUGAGGAGCUGGCAGAGGCACCCAGUGAUGCCCAGGAGGAGGGCAAGGCAGAAGGCGCCCAUAUGAGUGACCUUUACUCCAUCAUCCAGAAUGACCUGAGCUCCUCCUCCGGGGCCUCCAGUGUCCACAUGGAACUGUCUGCAGAGAACUUCAACAUCUCCUUCGACAGCCAGUUCCCCGACCUCAUCUCCGACCUGAUAACCGAGGAGGUUCCUGCGGCCGAGUACGGCCAGUACGGGGCACCCCAAGCUCAAUCCUCCCCGGCCCAGGGCACCUAUGUACAGCAGCAGGUCCAGCCCAUUGCAGUGAGUGCCUCUGUGGUGGGGGCAGCCUUCCCUGAGGGGGCAGAGGACAACCUAGGGCUUGUGGGCAUCACAGACUUCUCUCCGGAGUGGUCCUACCCAGAGGGGGGCGUUAAGAUCCUGAUCACAGGUCCCUGGGUAGAGAAUACAGAUUCUUAUUCCUGUGUAUUUGAUCACCUGACUGUGCCAGCCUCUCUCAUCCAAUCAGGAGUCUUACGCUGCUACUGCCCAGCGCACGAGGCCGGCCUGGUCACUCUGCAGGUCCUGCAGCACCAACAAGUCAUCUCUCACUCUGUCAUCUUCGAGUAUCGCGCUCGCAACUUCCUGACCCUGCCCAGCACGCAGUUGGAUUGGCUCUCGCUCGAUGACAAUCAGUUUAGGAUGUCUAUCUUGGAGCGACUGGAGCAGAUGGAGCGGAGAAUGGCCGAUAUGAGCUCGGGGCAGGCCCAGCACCAACAGGCUCCUUGUGGCCCCCGGGGAGGAGAGAGCACACAGAUGACAAGUUCAGACUCCUUUGAGGCCCGAUUGGUGGCAGUGUGUGAGAAAAUGAUGUCACAGACCUGCUGGGUGACAUCGGACCUUCUGACCCACGAGAUGAGUUUCCGAGGGAUGACUCUGCUCCACCUGGCGGCCGCUCAGGGAUACGCCCAGCUCAUACAGACCCUAAUACAGUGGCGGAACCUCCAUUCCCAAAGUCUGGCAGUGGAGCUGGAGGUUGACCCUCUGAAUGUGGAUCACUUCUCCUGUACCCCGCUGAUGUGGGCCUGUGCAUUGGGUCACACUGAAGCUGCCGCUCUCCUGUUCCGCUGGGACUGUCGGGCUCUUUCCAUCCCGGACUCCUUGGGCCGCUUCCCCCUGGGAGUUGCCCGGUACCGAGGCCAUACCAAGCUGGCUGCUACCCUGGAGGAGAUGCAGAGAAUGGAGCCCUUCCAUAUAAGCUACACAAGCCUGCAGGCAAACAGCUGGCACCAACUGACAGGCAGCCAGGAUGGCAGCCGGGUACUGUCACCCCUCUCUACAAGCGCCGACACAGGGCUCAGCAGUCUCCCAUCCCCGUCGGAAGUGUCAGAUGGUUCCGUGUCCCUGACCUCGGCCUAUUCCAGCAGUUCUGCCCUGCAAGGUUCUCCUGACUGCAGCCCAGAGAGUAGCCAGGACACCCCUGCGGCGAGUUCCCCGAGCUCCCGCACUCUCGGCUCCUGGGACCUCGAAGAUGCAGGAGGAUCCGCUUUGUACCUGGACUCCCCUAGGGUGGGAGAUAACUAUGAGGAGCAAGCUGACCUCUUGGGGUACAGAGAGGAUACGGAGAACCAGGGCUACCUGCAGGUGGACAUGGUGACUCUGGCAGAGCAGAUUAUUGAAGCCACCCCAGAUCGGAUAAAGCAGGAGGACUUCACCGCACCAGACUCUGCCACCCUAAGGGAAAGGUCGGCCAACCUGAGCAAGACUAUGACUUGGCUGGCCAGUUACUUGGAGACUGCGGAUCAGAUGCCCGGCCUUCCUCCUCAUGGGGAGGGGAUGAGAGCUGCCCGUGCCCUCGCUCGAUUUGCCCAGAUGAGUCCGAGAGAGGACGGAUCUAGUCCUUUGCCUCCCGUUGAAAUGGGAAUAUACAGUCCGUGGAGUAAGCGGGGCAACAGGCGAUCUACGGAGGCUCUACGGGUUAAAAUAUCAAGGUCUGAGGCUCCCCUGUCGCCCUCGGCUCCGUCCCCCCUGGGAGAGAUCCCGUUCGAGCGGUUCGACCCCCCGGGUGCAGCUCGCUGGUCAGAGUUCCUCAGUGCCUCGAGCAGCGGCAGAAUGGAGAGCGAAUUUGCGCUGCUCACCCUGUCGGACCACGAGCAGCGGGAGUUGUAUGAGGCAGCCCGCGUCAUCCAGACGGCCUUCCGAAAGUACAAGGGCCGGCGCUUAAAGGAACAGCAGGAUCUGGCUGCGGCCGUCAUUCAGCGCUGCUACAGGAAGUACAAACAGCUGACUUGGAUUGCUCUGAAGUAUGCUCUUUACAAGAAGAUGACGCAGGCAGCCAUCUUGAUUCAGUCCAAGUUCCGCAGUUACUAUGAGCAGAAGCGGUUCCAGCAGAGCCGGCGGGCGGCCGUCCUGAUCCAGCAGUGUUACCGGAGCUACCGGGAGGGGGCACGGGGUGGCACUGCCCUGCAGCACUGCAUGAAGGGAUCCUUCCUGACCAAGAAACAAGAUCAGGCUGCUCGCAAAAUCAUGCGCUUCCUUCGCCGCUGCCGCCUCAGGAUGAAGGAGAUGAAGCAGAGUGAAGAUUGUUUACAGACGAGGGGACUGACCAAUUAGCUCUCACCUCCCGUUUGGUGCCCCUGUGCCCUAUCGGCAGUGCUGCCCAGUGCCCGCCCUCAAGCUGCCAUCUUGUCUUCUAAAGGGAGGGGCAUAUGGGCCACGCCCUGUGCCACUGCAGGGCCCACACAUCCGAGAGUGUAACAGUGCCUAGUAGGCAGUGAGUGUGAGUGUGAGUGGCCGUGAGAAUACGGACGGAUGUAUAAUUGUGUAUAAAUAUAUAUAUAUAGGCACACAUUUCACUGUA